AUGUGUUCAACCGGGAGCUGGAGACGUAUCUGCGCCUGGAUGAUCGGGUGUUGCGUUCGCUGGUCGUUCGCUGUGAUGGGCCGAUGGGAGACAUCCCGGCGCCUGGUCCGCUGA